AUGGCUGGAGAGGAGGAAGGGGGUUCUCUGAACGAGUUCGUGCCAGAUGACAUGGAUGACACGGGCGGCCUGUUACCAGAGCUCCAGCUAAUGGAUGCAUCGUACGUGUCGCACGUGCCAGAAGCUCCUGAAGCUUUUGCGACGGAAGAAGGUGAAGACGGUGAAGACGGUGAAGAAGAUGAAGAAGGUGAAGAACGUGAAGAAUGUGAGGAAGGCGAAGAGGGAGAAGAAGGAGAAGGUGAAGGAUCGAAGGCCUCGGAGGCGCUUGUCACACAGACCCAACGAGCGCCCGUUAGCGGCAACGCGGAUGGCCUUGACAGUGCAAGCGAACUGUGGAUCGAGUCCGACAGCUCAACCGGCACCAGCAGCGAGUCGGAAGAGGAUGCCGACGUCGUGGCAGAGGUUGCUGCUGUUGAGCGGAGUAAAAGGAAUGCGCUAAAAGUGCACGGUGCUGAUUUGACUGAGCAAAGUGUGUUGGAAGGAGGGUACUUGCUUCCCGCAGCCGAUGAUCGUGCGCAACUGGGGCCACAAAACUCAGAGCACGCAGACUCAAACGAGGCAACAAGCGGAGCCGAAGAAAUGUCAGCAGAUCAUCGAGCGACGCGGAGCCGGCGCGUGGGCUUGGAUUGGACAGCGGUGUCGUCCAAUCACAGGCCGAAGGAAGAUGUUGCCCCACUCCACCUCGACAGGGAUCGGGAUCAGUUGAAGAAAGAUCCGGCAUCGGCUUUCCAGCUGUCUUGGGAACCCGACGACGAGUUUCCAAUCUUCGUAGUGCAAGCAACGGUGGAACCCGCGCAGCUUGAGAAGGCUGUCCUCCACUACAGAUCUCUGCCGCCAGCACAAUCGCGAAGAUAUCAUUGCCUGGUGAAUUUGGCAUGUUGCCUGGCGUCCUUGAAUCAGCCGCGUCCUGCCCGAUCUUUGCUGGAGCAGGCAAUACUACUUCAACCACACCGCGCGGCAGCGCGAUUGAACCUGAUUUACUGCCUCCUCAGAGUCCGGGAUCGACCCAAUGCAGUGAUUGCCAUCGACGAGGCGCUGCGGCAUGCCGAGGAUCUCAGUGCAGAAGACCACCGGCUGCUUUUGUGGACCAAGAAGGACCUCUUGAAGAUGCUGGCAUCCAAGCGUGGAGCUCCGAAUCGCUUUGGUGCACGAGGCAAACGACCGGAACGACCGGACUCCGGAUCUGGUUCGUCCGGAAGACAGACCAGGAGACGGCCGGUGACUGGAAGACAGAUGUUGAGCCGCGUGGAGGCCUGGCAGAUGCGAAAGGACUUAGCGGCGCUUCGCAGCAAUGACACGGCUGAGGAAGUCAAUCCUCCGUGGCGGCGUCGGCACCUUUAUAGUGAGGAUUCCGAACAAGCCAUCUCCAGCAAGAAGGCAAGGUGGCAGCCUUUGAGUCGACAGGAGCUCGAGGCUGUUCGUAAGGCUUUCGCAGACAUGGCGAAGGUGAACGCAGGGGAAGUCAUAUCUGACUUGGGCGAGGACCUCGGUUCCGAAGAUUCCCAGGAACAGGACGACAUCAGGGGAAACCAGGAGGCUGCUCAGCGUGCUUAUGCGGCUGUGAAGACAUUGCCCUGCAUGCAAGCCCUGGCUCAAGACAAGGCAGUGGCCUUGCUGCAGGCAGGAGAACUGCUGGAAGUUCCCGGAGGUUGUCAGAUCUUCGAGCAGGGCGACAUUGCGGAGCACAUCUUCAUUGUCAUCCAGGGCUCGGUCGUCAUCAAGAUCCUGAUCCCCGAGCUCGGGCCCGACGUCAUCCCUGUGGAGACCCUGUAUGAUGGCCAGGUGUUUGGUGAUGCGAAGGUUGCUGCUUGGAGGGAUGCGCAGGAGGGCCCUCCCCGUCGAAAGGCUGGGGCAUUGGCUCAGGAGGACACUUGUCUUUUGCGAAUAUGCGCAGGAGACUACCGCCAGGCUAUGGGUUUGGUGGACCAGCCGACAGAUCCCAGCCCCAGGGCAAAGCCGACAGAGGCAGCCAAUGAGCAGGACGACCAGUCUGCAGCAUUGCUGCCCGACGUGCAGCGCAAGGUGCAAGCGCUGACGAGCUCGCCGUUUUUCGAGGGGGCGAGUAUCAACAACCUGGCGCUGUUGGCCUCCAAUGUGGAGGAAAUCGUACUACGGUAUGAUGACGUUUUCUUGGAGAUUGGGCAGGCGAUUCACGCUUGCUUCCUCGUCUCAGAAGGCUAUGUGAGGGUGUCGGUUCCUGUUGCAGACCAGGAAGCCGGCAUGGGCAGCGUUGAGGAUGUCUCACGGAUCAUUGGGAUGGGCCGAGUUCCGGGAAGCCUCCUCGAUGGGAGCGCGCAAAGUAGUGCACAGGACUCUGGGUCAGGAACAGCAACCCAGUCUCGACCCAACAGUGCCUCAAGACGCAUGCGCGCUGACAAGCUGCCAAGUGCACGUGCGAACCAUGCGAAUGCGAACUCCCGCGCGAAUAAGAAUCUUCGCGCUCUGAGACAGAGACAAGAGGAAGCAAGCCAACUCAGUCGCUUUAAACUGAAAGCUACAGAAGGCUCUGAGCUUCCCGUAUUCCAGCUUGGAAGCCGACCGCUGCUGCUUCCGGUCACACACAGCACAUCUGUGGCAAGUGGAGCUUCCCAGCGACCUUCGCGCUUCAUGCCUCGAAAGCCGGGGACCCCUCGCCGUGGAACAACUUGGCAGGCAGCACUGCGCCAGCGACGGACAGCUCCAUUCUUAGGAAUUGCUCCACCUGAUGUGGAGCUUUGCCAAUUGCAUGUGGGAGAAUGCUUCGGGCUAGCAGCUCUUUACGAUCCGAAGGGCGAGUGCCCAUACCCAUCCGGGUGUGAGGUGCGAGUGCAAAGUAGCGAAGCAAGGAUUCUGGUUCUGACGAACGGCAGUCUACUGUACCUGAAUGAAGCACUGGCUCGCACGUUGGUUGACAGGGCAAAGGAGCAGCAAGAUCCGGUUGCACCGCUCAAGCAAGAAGUCAAGCGCGAGCGAACCCACCGCUCGAGCUGGAGGAUGCAGAAGCUGAGAGUGCUCGACAGGAUUAUCAUGCAUGAAUAG